AUUUUUCUUGAAUCUGGUUUGAGGUUACUCCACUAAACUCAGCUCUUUGUUAAUAGUAGGUAAUUAAUUUAAAUUUGUGUUUGGUAUAUCAAUUAUUUAGACGAAAAUGCCCUCUCUAAUUGCUAUAGAACGUUCUAAAAUGUCUAGUGAGAUGUGGGAAAAGCUAAAAGUUCACAUUAUAAGGCAACGAGAAAAAAGGAAACAAGAACAAGAACAAGAUGCUGAACAGGAAAGACUUCGUCGGGAGCAAGAGCUUAAGCGUAAAAAAGAUGCUAUGACAUUGGAAGAGAUUAAAGAUCAGCUGAAUAAAUUAGAGACUAAAUUAAAAGAUAUGAGAAAAGAAAAGACUGAACUGUUUUCACAAUUGAAAAAGGUGCUGAAUGAAGGCCCGGCUGUACGUAAAAAGCCUAGAGAGAGGGAACCCGAAUUAACAGGACCUCAACCAUUGAACAAUCAUGUUUAUCACCCAUAUUUUAUCUCAACCAGUAUGAUGUCUGCGGCUAGUGUAGCCAACUGUCAACCGCCAAUGUACCAUAGAAAUCCUACUCUCAAUGUUCCAAUGUCUCCUAUAGUUUCAAAUAGUAAUUUUAUGUCUCAACAAGCAACCAAUCAUACUCAAGUUGUACCGGUUUCUAUGUAUUCAGUGCCCGGUGUCACAUCAUCGCCAGCCAAUUCCCUCAAAAGACCAAUGCAAAGGUCUUAUGAGAAAAGUCCUUCACCACCUGGUGUGCCUUAUACAGGAAUACUCCCGGUUUAUAAGAAUCCAAUGUCGUAUACACCAGCCUUACCAAGAACAACUCAAUCUGGUAGCUAUUUAUAUUACCCUCAAGGAACUCCAUCACAGAUUGCAUGUGAUGUGAAAGGCAACCCUUACCAUAUCUUUCCAAGUGGUGGUCCAUUUAGUACUGAAAAUCAACAAAUCGAAGCAGCUGAAUAUGAGGCAAGCAAACUUCGUUAUGAUUAUCAACAACAAAUAAGAGCACAAUCACUUGUAGGACCCCCUCAUCCGUCUACCUCGUCACUAAUCCCCAUACAAACAGGCCCAAGCAAGCCUGGUGGCAUCAGUACUGGUUUUCCCGUCCAGAGAGUAUCAGGCCAAACUUCAGGUCAAAGUUCUGGUCCUGGUCGUGAUGUUAGAGACUCUGUUCCAGUUCUUUACCCUGGUCGGGAUGUUAGAGAGCAUCCACCUGUACCCUUCCACGGAAGAGAUGUGAGGGAUCCUUAUCCAGGCAGGGACAUUAGAGACUCAUCUGUGCCCUACCCUCUUUACUAUUAAUUUUUCGUCAGUUACUAUUCGACUGCACUAAAACUUAACUUUUAACCGAUUCUCUUUGUAAAUAAUUGCAUUUCCAAAGAUUCUGAACAUUUCAAGUUGGACGAAAUUAAAUCAUUUCAAUUUAUGUAGAUUGAUUUUUUGAACACCAUUA